AUGUGUGCGACCACGUGCCUCAGUUUCUCUGUUGAAAGUUGCCCAGGCUUCGACUUCAACGCCGCCCAGCGGGCGUGCUUCUUCCACACCAACACCACCAUCUGUAACGACCUGGUGGCCAAGCCAUCCUGCACUAACUACCGGAGGGUACCCUGUGGAUCGGGCAGCGGAGGGACGGGACAAGGCUUCACCCAGAACGUCCACAUUAUCGGCGGCGUCCUGCAACCCUUGCUUCGUGAUCUUGCCUCCUGCAUGGCCAUGUGCUCCCAACUCUCCCUGGAGAGUUGCGGCGGCUUUGAUUACAGCAGUGACCAGCGUGCCUGCUUCUUCCACACUAACCGCACCAUCUGCAACAACUUGGUGCCCAAGCCAAACUGCGUCAACUUCCGCCGUCAGUCGUGCAGUGCAGACACGAUGACUACGAUGACUACGAUGCCUACCACUGAGACCCCGAACACCGCCGUGUCCAUGCCCACACCCCCCUCCUUCCCAAACGGUUGGGACUCUCGGAGCCACAAGAGGAUAAUACAGGGUUACUACUUAAUAUAG